AUGUAUGACGAUUUGGAUUUUAAAAGUCAUUUUAGGCUUACCAGGAGUUCAAUUGAAGUUUUAAUGUGUAAAGUAAAACCGUUUUAUUUUCUACGCAUGACCAAAGUGGGAAGGCCUUUAGUUGCUUUUGAAAAAUCGACUUUCAUGACUGUAUGGUACAUAAGUAACACGGAGACAUUUCGUCAAGUUGGGGAUCGUUUUGGAAUAAGUAGAGGCUUAGCAUGCCGUACCAUUCAUAAAUUUAUUCGUGCUCUUUCAAAAAUUCUUGAUGAGUUUAUAAUUUGGCCUAUAGGAAGUUCAGCAAUAGAUACCAUUCAAGAUUUCAAAAACUUGAGAGUUAACUAUAUGCCAAACACAAUUGGUUGUAUUGACGGCUGUCAUAUCCGUAUCCAUGCUCCAAAAGCUAAGAGAAGUGAUUAUACAAAUCGGAAAAUGUUUCAGUCAAUAGUUCUCAUGGCAGUAUGUAAUGCUCACCUUGAGUUCACCUACAUAUUUUCUGGAUGGCCUGGGAGUUCUCACGAUGCAAGAGUUUUCAAAAAUUGUUCUUUGGGUAAUACAUUAUUAGAAACACCACAACAAAUAAUUUCUAGAAGUAAUUUAAAUAAUUUCACCUACUUGGAGAUUCCGCUUUUCCAUUGCUAG